AUGAAGAUCCUCAUCACAGGUGCCGGGGGGUUUCUAGGCCAGUUCCUGGCGCGGGAGCUGCUCUCAAACUCAGAGCAUCAGGUAGUCUUGACGGACAUAGUCGACGUGCCAGUCCCCAAGGGAUCUAAGAACCCCCAAAACGCCACCACGAUCAAAGCAGAUCUUCUAAAAGACCAAAGUGUGAUCACCUCCGACCUUGAUGCCGUCUACCUCUUUCAUGGAAUCAUGUCCGCCGGUUCGGAGGCGAAUUACGACCUGGGAAUCAGUGUAAACCUGGAAAGCACGAGGAUAAUACUGCAGAAGCUGAGACAGACGAAACCAGGCAUCAGGGUUGUAUACUCGUCCAGUCAGGCCGUCUACGGCCAGCCUCUUCCCGAAGUCGUCACUGAAGCGACGCUACCCACGCCAGAAGGGUCGUACGGCUCGGCCAAGCUCAUGAUUGAAAUACUAGUCAAUGACAUGACGAGACGUGGAAUGAUCGAUGGAAUCGUGCUUCGCUUCCCCACGAUCUCCGUGCGGCCUGGGAAGCCGGCACCGGCAGCCAGCGCGUUUAUUUCAGGCAUCAUCCGGGAACCACUGGCUGGGAUUGAAGCAAAGGUGCCGAUCAAGGAUCGAAACUUCCCCUCGAACGUUUGCUCGCCAAAGGUCCUGAUCGGCAACCUGGUACACGCUCUGACACUGCCGUCGGACGCGCUGCCCAAGCAUAAACGCGUGGUCAACGCGCCUGGACUCACCGUCACGAUCCAGGAGAUGCUGGAUGCGCUGGCCAAAGUCGGCGGCGAAGAUAAAUUGAAGUACGUCAAGGAGGAGCACGAUGAAGCACUGGUCAGGAUCCUCAAGUCCUGGGCCUACAAUUUUGAUAAUUCCUUGGGGCUGAGUCUCGGAUUCAAGGCGCCGGAGAGCUUUGAGUCCGCUGUUCGGGAAUAUGUCGAGUUCUUAGAACAGGAGAAGACGUGGCAGUAG